AUGGGGAAGAUGGCACACCGGCCCGGAAACAGAGGUCCAGACACCAACGGAUCAGAUUUCAUGAUCGUCUUGAAGAAGGACCCAGUACUGGACAACGCGCACGUCGUGUUCGGGCAAGUUGUUGAAGGAUUGGAUUUGAUCAGGAGUAUUGUCAAGGAGGUCCAUGGUUGUGGGAUGCCUACCAAGCCCGUGGUGAUCGCCGACUGCCGUCAGAUUUCAUAG